CCCGAUUUUAAUGCUGGUCCUAUAUCCUCGUGACGUGUUUCUCCACGAUGAUAGAGCCUCGGAUCAUCAACUAGCUGCCAUAAGAUCCCACUACGAUGGCAGGAAACAAUUCAAGUGCUCUGUCGGCGGAUAGCGUGCUUGCUCUCGCAGCGCAAGCUCUCCGCAAGGAUGGUGGCGAUGCCUCUCCCAAUCUCAAGACGUCCUACGAGGCUAUUGCCCUCAUCGGCCAUGCCUGUAUGGUGGCGGUUGGAUUUAGAUUGCUUGGACUCGGGGAGGACCACGUCAUUUCUGAAACCUCUGAAACGCCGUCCUUGCUUCCCGCGGAAUGGAACGCUAACUCUACAGUUUCCUUCCGUUAUGCCCACCCACAAUCUUCCAUGCAGUACUUACUGAAAGUCAGUCGACUAGGAAACAAUGCGGUGGUCUUUGCUUUAGCUCUAGGUGAUGACAAAACCACAUCAAUUGAUAUUCCUGUCAAGGACUACAUCUCCGAAUCCGCCCUUCCCUUAUCCACCACUGCAGAUCUUAAAGACGCUUUAAAAGAUGUGUUCAUCUCAACUCCUCGUCUCAGCGACUUAAUUGGUCUCUUUAGGACAAAUGUAAUACAGAGACUCGCUCCCGGAAUACACAAGGAAGGUUACGAGGACGGGAGUCGGGCGCAGAGACAAGAGGAGCAAAGACAGCCAGAACAGGGACAGCCACGGCGCGAUCCCUCAAGGGACGAUCCUCUAUUUCAGCCAGCACGUCCACGCCCACUUGAUGAUCCAUUGGCAGCAGCCCCUCGUCCAAUUCCUGGCGACUUCGCCCCACCAGGGUUCGAAAAUGAGUUUGAGAUCAACGAACCUCCUCGUGGAUUUCCACCGUCGGGAUUCGGUGGGGGGAAUCCCUUGGGCAUUGGUGAUAGAGACUUGUAUCCUCAGGGACUAGGUCCUAAUGAUCCUUUCCGAGGCGUCAUUGGGCCGAACCGCGGAGGAGGCAGCGGCGGUAUGCACCCGACCUUUGAUGACCCCUUGUUUGGCGGGAACCAGGGCGGCGGCGACGGCAAUAAUCCUCAGGUUCCCCCUGGAUCCAGAUAUGAUCCGGUCGGUCCAGGACAAGGACCACCGUUUGGUAGACGAGGGCCUGGAGGGUCUGGAGGCUUUGGCGGGUUCGGUGGUUUCGGUGGUGAUAUCAUUUAAUGUCGCUUUGGGGUAAUAUGAAAAGCCGGCUUUCUGAAACAGAUGCAUUUGCCAUGUCACGAAGUAUGUAGUUUGCAAUUGAAAUGAAGUGAAUGACUUUCCUGUUCUAAAAGAGCCUUCGCCUGGAUUGAAAAAGAUCAGCCCAACACUGCCACCAUGUUUUGAUACACAGAAUCAACUUUAAAGCAUCGGGCUCGGUGAGAUGCUA